CCCCCGGAGUCCGGACAGGAGCUGUGGACAGGGACUUGUGUUUUGGACCAUAAUUUUGGGAAGCAUUCAUCUCGUCGUUAUAUGUUUUUUUUUUUAAUUAUUAUUAUUAGAGCCACAGGCCAGUUGGAGAGAGAGAUAGAGAGGAGGGGGGGCAGCAGCAGCAGGUGCAUGUGGAUGGCGAUAAAAGUCAAAAGGAAACUCCCCACACGGCUUUGCACGUCGGCGGAUCGAUAAAAUACUUGAGCAAUCGCAACUAAAGCGACUUCUUGGCUCGGGGGGGAAGCGUAAGAACGGGUUCCUCUGCUUUCCCUACCCGAGAAUAGCAUGAUAAUCCCAGGAAAAAGCCGCGUCUUGUCCCGGCUCUCCGCACGCAAACAUGGAGAAAGUUAAUAGUGAACCGUAUCGCUAACUUACCUCACCGAGGACUUCGACACUCAGACUCUGUAAACUUUUUUUUUUUUUUUUUGGGGAGGGGGAGAAACACAGCAGUGGAUGCAUACACAGCAGUGAGGCUGUAGCACGGAUUUGUAAGGAUACCACCGGGGCAAUGGAGAAGAGGAACCGGGCGAGCAACCGGACCCGCUCCCCGGCCGAGGACGGUCGAGCCAAAGACAGAGUGGGCAGCGUGGAUCCAUAUGGUUUUGAGCGCUCAGAGGACUUUGAUUAUGAAUCAUAUGAGGAGCUAAUGUCCCAGUAUCUAGUUGUGCUCACCCGACGAUGCAUCAAGUGGUCCAAACUCCUGAAGGGAAAAAGCAAGGUGCAGAAGAAUGUAAAACUAAAGCGUUACGUACGUAAGGGGAUUCCUAAUGAGCACCGGGCUCUGGUCUGGAUGUCAGCCAGUGGGGCUCAAGACCAGCUAGAGAAGAACCCAGGAUACUUCCAGUCCCUGCUCGGAGCCCAGCACGACCCCAAGCUGGUGGAGACCAUCUGCACAGACUUGAACAGAACAUUUCCAGACAACGUCCAGUUCCGCAAGACGUCCAACCCAUGUCUGCAGAAAGCCCUGUACAACGUGCUGCUGGCUUAUGGUCACCACAACCAAACUGUGGGCUACUGCCAGGGAAUGAACUUCAUUGCUGGGUAUCUACUCAUCAUCACAAAAGAUGAAGAAAAAUCCUUCUGGCUGAUGGAUGCACUACUCGGUAGAAUUUUACCAGACUACUACAGUCCAGCCAUGCUGGGACUGAAAACGGACCAGGAGGUGUUAGGGGAACUGGUGAAAGCUAAAGUCCCCAGAGUCUGGCAGACUAUGGUGGAUCACAAUGUCAUGUGGACCCUGGUGGUCUCCCGAUGGUUCAUCUGUCUCUACAUCGACGUUUUACCAGUAGAGACAGUUCUGAGGAUUUGGGACUGCCUAUUCUACGAGGGCUCUAAAAUCCUGUUCCGUGUAGCUCUGACAUUGAUCCACCACAAUGAGGCUCUGAUCCAACAGGCCCAGUCACUGCCGGACGUCUGCCAAAGCUUCAAGCAGAUCACCCACGGACCAUUUGUUGAUGAAUGCCACACUUUUAUGCAGAAAAUCUUCACUGAACCAGGCAGCCUCUCCACGGCGACCUUGACUAAACUGCGGGCAACAUGUCGAUCUCGCAUCAUUGCAGAAGAAUCCUAAACUCCUCUACCUGUUGCUUAAACUCAAUACACAUUCCACUGGGAUGAGCACCCAACAGCUCGAUUGCACCUUCUUCUUCUUUUGUACUGACUUAAUGUCACAGUGACUACUACAUGCUGUAUAGUUUUGGUCUUAAACAUAUUCGGAGAUCAGACAGCCUCAGUGUAAAUAUAUGGUCAAAUGAGAACAUUCUUAGCAAUGUGCUGUAUGAGCUGACGAUUCCAUUUGAAAUUCACAUGUAGAUUGUCUUGUUAAAAUGCUGAAUUAUGCACUUUACUCCAGAACGUCAGAGACACUGUAGAGAAAGAAGCUUGGCACUAAAUGGCCAGCUCAGAUAAAUUAUGUUGCACACUGUAAAUGCAGCCAAGAGGAACCUGCCUACUGUAUUUCCCAUUGAAUGACUGAUGAAACUCCAUGCUGGCACUGCCCACUGUGUAAUCGAUUGUGAAUCAUACUGAUUUUAUGCCAUAUUUAUUUCAAACAUUUCAAAUCCGGCUGAUGUAUUUAUUGAUUUUGUUUAAGUUUUGAGUAAAUGUCAUAGUUCCUGACUUCAAACAUGAAUUCAAUUGCACUAUGAUGAUAUGAUCUCCACACAGUUGAAAGGGCUGUGUCCACUUUGUUCUGUGUUUGGGUUUUGUGGCCCAUUAAACUCUCACAGUACGGAUAUCAGAUUUUGUUGCACUGGACAAAAAUAACCUUGGCUUUGAUCCCAGCUCUGAUUGUUCUGUGUAAUGUACACCUGGUUGAACAGCUCAGAGUAAACAACCAUGUUUAUUUCACACAAUACGAGAUAAAAAAACAAAUCAUGAAGCUACUGUACAUACAUGAAGAAACAAAACCAGUGCUGGACUUUUUUUUUGAGGUUUUUAUUAAUUUUCAGUAAGAUGCAUAAUAGAAAACGAGAUCAAACCAUUUUCUAUAAAAAUAAAUGGAUCAAAUCACUACAAUUCAUAUUAACAUUCCUUAAGGAGAGGGCGGGGGAAAGCCAGAAUAGAAAAUAAACCCAUGUAUCUGUUCACUUGUAAUGUUAAAUACAUUUUAGUAAUGCAUAGUUGCACUCCGUAUGGCUGGACCGCCACACUGUUUAUACAAAGCAGCAAAUCCCUGUUUUUAUCAUCACAAUUAGCAGACUGUGUUUAAUUAGUUGGAUUAAACUAUGCCUCAUUGCACUAUUGGGACAGUUCAGGCUUUAAUCAGUCUCCACUGUGGAGGAAUAUGAUUGGAAAAGACACACAUUCAAAGCUUUCCCUUUUCUUAAGAGUCUCAGGAAUAAUCUUAUUUUUCAAAAGAGAUUGUGAGCAUGUGUAGACGCAACCUGACAUGUCUUUACUUGCACAGACCUUUUCUAAAUGUCUGACCAACAGUGGACAAACCAUAUGCCUACAUUUCAUUUGACUCUUCCUCUGCCUUUUUAAUUGCGUGGGAUAUUAAAUAAUAACAUAGCUAAAAACUGCAAUUCAAGCAAAUUCAACCAAUCCCUAAAA